AUGGAAAUACUGUCCGAUACCUAUGACUCUAACGUGGCUGGUCAUUUUGGCCAAUUUAAGACACUAGAGCGGGUGAAAAACAACUUCUUUUGGCCCAACAUGGAUAAGGAUAUUGAGGAAUAUGUCCGGAGCUGUGACAGCUGCCAGAGGAAUAAGACCUCAAGACACAAGAAGUUUGGUAUGCUCCAACCGUUGAAGAUACCCUAUCGGCCAUGGACUUCCAUCUCUAUGGACUUCAUUGUGGGAUUACCGGAAUCUAGUGGGUUUACAAAGAUCUGGGUAAUAGUGGACCAUUUUUCGAAGAUGGCACACUACAUCCCUCUUCCUAAACUCAAUAAAACGGAAGAUUUGGUUAAAGAUAGCAGGUUCAUCUCUCACUUUUGGCAAUGUCUCAUGGGCCUCCUCAAUGUGAAGGAUGACUGGGCAGAAGUCUUGACUUUGGCAGGGUAUGCAUAUAACUCGGCAGUCACUGAGUCUAUCAAAGUAUCGGCUUUCUAUGCCAACUAUGGUUAUGAACCCAGGACCAACUGGCCGGCCCCAAAGGAAGGAGUAGAAUGGAACAAUCCAGCAAGUGAGGUCAUGAUAUCUCAAUGGGAAUCUAUCUGGCAGGCUAUGAAUGCCAGCUAG